AUGCUCUUUCCUCAGCACGCAUUCUCUGCAACUUUCAUGGCCACUAUCCUCGCCUUUUUUCUGUUCCUCUUCUUCCUAUUAUGGAUACUAAGAAAAACCCGUAAAACAACACUUCCACCAGAAGCUGGUGGCGCUUGGCCGUUGAUUGGCCACCUCCACCUAUUACGAGGACCAAAACCAGCCCAUAUUACGUUGAGUAAGAUGGCCGAUAAGUAUGGAUCACUCUUCACUAUCCAGCUGGGUGUACAUCCUGCUCUGAUAGUGAGCAAUUGGGAGGUAGCUAAAGAGUGCUUCACCACUCAUGACAAAGUCUUUGCCAACCGUCCAAAAGCUAUAGCUUCAGAACUCAUGGGCUACAACUAUGCCUUGUUUGUGCUUAGUCCUUACGGUCCUUACUGGCGCCAAGUGCGUAAAAUAGCCACGGUGGAGGUCCUCUCAAAUCACCGCCUUGCGAUGCUCAAACACAUCCGAGAGCAUGAGGUAAAUAGAUCCAUAAAAGAGAUGUAUGAACUCUGGGUGAAGAACAACAAUAUGUUGGUAGAUAUGCAGAGAUGGUUUGGGUCCUUAGCCCUAAAUAUUGUAUUUAAGAUGGUUGUGGGGAAGCGAUUUUAUGGGGCUGAAGACGAGGACGAGAAUGUUGGUGACGAUCAGUGCCGGCAGACAUUAAAAGAUGUCUUUGAGUUGAGUGGUACAGUUGUGGUAGCAGAUGUGCUUCCUUACUUAAGGUGGUUGGACUUUGGAGGGUACGAGAAGACGAUGAAGAAAACUGCAAAAGAAUUUGAUCAUGUGCUUGAAGGUUGGUUGGAAGAGCAUAAGCAAAGGAAAGUUUCCGGUGAGGGAAAGGGAGACAAAGACUUUAUGGAUGUGAUGUUGUCCGUUGUUGCCAACGAAGAAAAGAUCUCCAAUUAUGACGCUGAUACAAUUACUAAAGCUACAUGCCUGUCCCUUGUCGUAGCGGGUGCAGAUACAACAGCAACAACGUUGACAUGGGCUAUCUCUCUACUUCUUAACAACCGAAAAGCCUUAAAGAAUGCACAACAAGAGUUAGAUGUGCAAAUUGGCAAGGAUAGGCAAGUAAAGGAAUUAGACAUAAAAAACCUAGUCUAUCUCCAAGCUAUCAUCAAAGAAACAAUGCGUUUACACCCUGCAGCAUCGCUCUCUCCCCCGCACGAGUCCAUGGAAGACUGCACUUUGGCUGGCUACCAUGUUCCAGAAGGAACACGACUCCUUGUUAAUAUUUCAAAGAUCCAUCGAGACCCAAAUGUGUGGUCUGAUCCAAAUGAAUUUCAGCCAGAAAGAUUCCUUAUAGCCGAUAAGGAUGUUGAUGUUAGGGGCAACCAUUUCAAAUUUAUACCAUUUGGCUCCGGUAGAAGGGUGUGCCCGGGAAUCUCAUUUGCGUUGCAAGUUAUGCAUCUCACACUUGCCACCUUGUUGCACGCUUUUGAAAUUGCAACCCCGUUAGACGAGCUUGUGGAUAUGACUGAGAAAGUCGGAAUUAACAAUCAGAAAGCUACACCGGUUGAAGUCCAUCUCACUCCACGCCUUCCUACACAAGUAUAUGCAUAGUUUGAUUAGAUAUGUGGUAACUAAAAUGUGUACUACACUGUUUCAUACUAUGAGUGAUGUUA